AUGACCAGUCCAAUUGAAUUGCUUUAUAAAUUUGAUCAAUAUCUUACAUAUCAAUUACAACAACAUUCAUUUACAGCUAAUUUAUUAAUUCAUCCAACUUCAAAAUUUAUAACUGAAAUUUUAGUUAUAAUUGUAAUUGGAUUAAUUAGUUAUGAAUCAAUUUAUUGGACUGGGAUUUAUUUAGGAUUAUGGGAAUAUCAUGCAAAAGAUAUAUUUACUGAAGUGCCCAUCCAUUGUGCUCAUUUAUCAGUUAGAAUGAAUAUAAUAUCACAACAAGAUAAGAACAAGCUUUUGGAAUAUUAUCAAUUGAAACAAUUAUCAAAAUAUAAUCCGUUAUAUUGGAAUAAAUUAAAUUUAUUAAGUGAAGAAAUAUUUAAAUUAAAUAAAUUUAUUAAAUAUUAUUAUGAAUUUAGUCCAGAAGAUUUUGAAAUGAAUAAAGAACCAGAAUUUGGUUCAACUAUUGAACAUUUAAGAACCAAGACAUUGAAUUUAUUUCGUGAAUCUGAUUUAUAUAAAGAAUAUCAUUGUCAUGAUUUAACAAUACGAAAUGUAUUGGUUUUUAAUAAUAAAAAUGAUGAAGUUCGACAAGAUCAAGAUUUGAAUUAUUUAAGUAAAUGUAAUAUUGAAACUGGUAAUGUUAUUGAUUGUGUAAUUGUUAUUUAA